AGGAGCGCAGGCAGCGAGCGGGAGCGGGAGCGGGGGGCCGGCGGCGGCGGCUCAGCCAGCCCCUCUGAGCCGGGCAGCUGACGCGCAUGGCGGAGACAGCGGCGCCUACCGAUGGAGCUAGAGGUUCUCGACUGGACUGGGUUGGUGGACUGAAUGAGCUGACCCCCCUGCUGCUGCUGCUGCUGCCCAAGAGGGCCCUGGGGCUGUCACCUGGAUUCCCUGGCUUCCUGCAUGUCUCAGAAAUAAGAAUGUCUAAGCCCCUGGAGCCGGAGAAGCCAGGUUUGGACUCUCAGACAGAGCACACAGAUACAGGAACCAAUGGACCAGAUGCAAGCCAUCAGAACCCCCAGAAUAAGGCCUCCUCCUUUUCCUUGUCCCCAACGGGUCCCAGCACCAAGAUCAAGGCUGAAGACUCCAGCAGUGACCCCGCCCCAGUGGCGCCCCCGCCCCCGCCCCCAUCCCAGCCCCACCUCCCCCAGGCCCAGCUCAUGUUGGCUGGCGGGCAGCUUGCUGGGCUGACGGCCCUGAUGCCCACCCAGCAGCAGCUCCUCCUGCAGCAGGCCCAGGCCCAGCUCCUGGCAGCUGCGGUCCAGCAGUCCAACGCCGCUGCCGCCGCUAACGCAGCCGCCGCCGCCUCCGGGCAGCCCCCUGCCCCCGCUGGGGGAGGUGACCUGCCGCCGCAGCCACCCGCAAGCCAGCCCCCGGCGACCCCCCAGCUCACCCUGUCCCAGCCCAUCCAGCUCACGGCCCAGGACAUCCAGCAGCUCCUUCAGCUCCAGCAAUUAGUCCUCGUCCCUGGGCACCACCUCCAGUCACCUGCACAGUUCCUGCUGCCACAGACCCAGCAGGGUCAGCCAGGCCUGCUCCCAACACCAAAUCUGUUCCAGCUACCUCAGCAAAGCCAGGGAGCCCUCCUGACCUCCCAGCCGCGGGCUGGGCUCCCUACCCAGGCAGUGACCCGACCCACGCUGCCCGAUCCGCACCUCUCGCACUCGCAGCCCACCAAAUGCCUGGAGCCACCCUCCCACCCUGAGGAGCCCAGCGACCUGGAAGAGCUGGAGCAGUUUGCUCGCACCUUCAAACAGAGGAGAAUCAAGCUGGGUUUCACUCAGGGCGACGUGGGGCUGGCCAUGGGCAAGUUGUACGGCAACGACUUCAGCCAGACAACCAUCUCGCGCUUCGAGGCGCUCAACCUUAGCUUUAAGAACAUGUGCAAACUGAAGCCUCUUUUGGAGAAGUGGCUCAACGACGCAGAGACCAUGUCUGUGGACUCCAGCCUGCCCAGUCCUAACCAGCUGACCAGCCCCAGCCUGGGCUUCGACGGGCUCCCGGGCCGGCGGCGCAAGAAGAGGACGAGUAUCGAGACAAACGUCCGCUUCGCCUUAGAGAAGAGCUUUCUAGCGAAUCAGAAGCCUACCUCAGAGGAGAUCCUGCUGAUUGCAGAGCAGCUGCACAUGGAGAAGGAGGUGAUCCGUGUCUGGUUCUGCAACCGGCGCCAAAAGGAGAAGAGAAUUAACCCUUGCAGCGCUGCCCCCAUGCUGCCCAGUCCGGGCAAGCCAGCGGCCUACAGCCCCCACCUCGGGCCCGGGGUCACACCUCAGGGGGCUGGGGGGACCCUGCCAUUGUCCCCGGCUUCCAGCAGUCUGAGCACAACAGUUACUACCUUGUCCUCAGCUGUGGGGACCCUCCACCCCAGUCGGACAGCCGGAGGGGGCAGCAGUGGGGGUGGGGCCGUGACCCCCCUCAACUCUAUCCCCUCCAUCACCCCCCCACCCCCCGCCACCACCAACAGCACAAAUCCUAGCCCCCAAGGCAGCCACUCGGCCAUCGGCCUGUCGGGCCUGAACCCCAGCACAGGAAGCACAAUGGUGGGGCUGAGCUCGGGGUUGAGUCCGGCUCUCAUGGGUAACAACCCUUUGGCCACCAUACAAGCGCUGGCCUCUGGUGGAACUCUGCCCCUUACCAGCCUUGAUGCCAGCGGGAACCUGGUGCUGGGGGCGGCCGGGGGCGCCCCCGGGAGCCCGGGCAUCGUGACCUCCCCGCUGUUCCUGAACCACGCCGGGCUGCCCCUGCUCAGCGCCCCGCCAGGGGUGGGCCUUGUCUCGGCCGCCGCCGCCGCCGUGGCGGCCUCCAUCUCCACCAAGUCCCCGGGCCUCUCCUCUUCCUCCUCUUCCUCCUCCUCCUCCUCCUCUUCUUCCUCCUCCUCCUCCUCCUCCUCUUCUUGCAUCGAGACAGCAGCACAGACCCCCGGGGGGCCUGAGGCAGGGGCCAAAUCCGAAUGAGAGCACCCCUCCGCCUUCUCCUGCCUCCUCCCCCUCGGCCACCGCUGCUCUCCCCAGCCUGGGGGGGCUGGUGGUCGGGGACAGCGGCGGGGGAUGAAGGUGAGGACCCCGGAGCUGGAGGAAACACCAAAAAAAUAACCCCAGAAAGAAAAAACCAAACAAAAAAAUAGAGUAAAGCCAAAUAGAACCGCCACAACCAGCCGCCCAGAAUGA